AAAUUCAUAUCAACGGUUAUUGUGCGCUUAUUUUGAUUGAAAAAACAAAAGAUGAAAAAAUUGAUGUGAAAAAAUUUAAAUAGUGAAAAUAAUUAGUUUGUGUAAAUGUGUAUGAAUGAUAAUUAAGGAUCAUUAUGUGUAUCGCGAUCGUAUAUUAUUAUGAUGUAGUUAUUUGUCGAUGUGAACCCGAAAUAUGCUGCGAUUGAAUCCAAAAGCGCUCUAUAAAAUCAACAACAAUCCUUUUGGAAGGAGUAAACAAGAAUAUGAUAUCUACUAUGGAGAUAUACUCGGAACCGGAGGAUUUUCCACCGUAUAUCACGCAAAAUGUCGACGAACCGGCGAAAAUGUUGCUAUUAAAGAGAUUAGUAAAGAUGUCAUACUCAAAGAAGGUUUACUCGAAAGAGUUACGCAAGAGAUAAAUAUUCAAGCUGAAUUGGAUCAUUCUGCUGUAUUGAAGUUGUAUACUACCUUCGAAGAUGCAGACCAUAUAUACAUUGUUUUAGAAUUGUGUUCUAAUGGCGAACUACGUAAAUAUGUGCCGAUGCUUUCGGAAAAAGAAGUUAGAAAAUUCAUGAAACAGAUUGUCGAUGGAUUAAUUUAUUUACACGGUAAAAACAUCGUUCAUCGAGAUAUUAAAUUAUCUAAUGUUCUUUUAAAUGGAGAUAUGGAAAUAAAAAUCGCUGAUUUCGGACUAGCCACAAAAUUAUCACAUCCGGAUGAGAGACAUAUGACUAUGUGUGGAACGCCGAAUUAUAUUUCUCCUGAGGUUGUAUCCCGUAAAACUCACGGAUUCGAAGUAGAUUUAUGGGGCCUUGGAAUCCUGCUGUAUACUUUAUUAGUUGGUCGACCUCCGUUUGAAACCGAUACCGUGAAGAGUACUCUGAGCAGGGUGGUUGCCGGUGAUUACUACAUGCCUUCACAUUUAUCUCAGCCAGCUAAGAAUUUAAUUAGUUGUUUGCUGCAGAAAAAUCCGUACAAUAGAAUGCAUUUGCAUGAAGUUUUGCUGCACCCAUUUUUCACUGAGGAUGACUCCCUUACAAGACAAAAAUGGAUAAGCAGUGAUAGCGGUUUCGAUACUGGUACAGUAUCUUCGUCGAACAACAUAUCUUCAAAAUUUCACUCGCUUGAUCGUAAACUACAUUCGCACCAUUCAGACGGAUAUUAUUCUUAUGAAACGCCAAAGCUUCCGAAACGUAGCAGGUCUCAAGAAAAAAAAAUUCCGGAAUCGAGCAACGAAAUGACCGGAGUACUCAUCGAUAAAAUGACUAAUUUUGACAAGCGUCUUUAUCAACACUGCAAUAGUAAUUUAUAUUCUAACGAAGACAUUUCUAAAAAUCAACCCGACUGUGUAAAAAAUAACAAAAACGAUUAUCAAUCGGAACUCACGACGCCGAAUCGUAAACCGAGUUGUCAGAUGUUUUGCGAAAAUGAAAUCCUAAACAGACAAAAUUGUAAUUGUUUGGAGUGUAAAUAUAAAAUAGACAACCGGCGAGAUAAUUCCAAACAUUCAAACCCGUGUCAGUAUUCGACCCAUAGUUACUGCCCCAGCGAUAAACCAAAUUCGGAAUGUAAUUGUAAACUAGCGUCAUCAAAUUUUCGAGACAACAAUCAGAAUCACAUACGGACAUCCUUGGCUGAAUCGGUUUUCACUGCCGAUACCGUUAAAGUUACUCCGUUUUGUACAGAAAGACUUAAAUCAACUCGACAUCGUAGUAAGAACGUGAUUUUAUCGAUUUUGGAUAAUGGCGAAGUUUGCAUCGAAUUUUUACGCAAUAAAUCCAAGAAAGAAGUUGUCGCUGAAGUGUGCCGAAUUACGAAAGAUGGUUUAAAAAUGUCAGUUUAUUAUCCUAACAAAGGGCGGGGUGUGCCACCUUCAGAUAGUCCACCUCCAAUGCCUUUAAACGGAGCAGAUGCUGUUUUUAAUUGUGAAACGUUAUCCAAAGAUAAUUGGAAAAAAUAUACGUAUGCUGCUCGAUUUGUUGAAAUGGUUCAGACGAAGACUCCCAAAAUAACUUUAUAUACUGAAAAGGCGAAAUGUGUUCUCAUGGAAAAUAAACCCGAUCCAGAUUUUGAAAUAAUUUACUACGAAGGAGCUAAAAUUACAAAAUCAAGAAAAGGUAUAAAACUUACCGAUAAUAAUGGUAUAAUAUGUGUUCUCAAUGAUACCGGUCAAGAACAUGCCAUAAAUUCUUGUCAAAAGGAGCAUUAUUUGUAUUUCAAACAGUGCUAUGACCAUUGUCGUGUGAUUGAAGAAAAACUGGCGUCAACGUGUUCAUCAACGGAUACUUUUUUCAAAGUUUUCCCGGCAAUUUUGGGUAAAAAACCGGCUAUUAAAGAGAAAGAUUCCUCUUGGGACGGCUGUAGUGAAUCUCCUAAUUUAUUUCAUAGUACAAAAUAUACGACGUAAAGUGUAAUUUUGAAUUUUAUGUAAUUCUGUAUAAUUUAUUUCUUUUCUUAUUUUGAUGAAGUAUUCAGCUCAGUAUUUCAAACUCGGGUUACCAAAGAAUAUUCCUUUAUUUGUGUAUAUGGUAUAUGCAAUUGUAUUAAAAACAAAUCAAAUUUGU